AUGCUCGCCAGGAAUCUGGACCCCGUUAACGAGAAUACAACUGCUGCUGUUGCUGUUCCCUGCUACCGACACCGGCCGCCUUGCUGCUCCAAAGACAUCAGGGUGGAGGUGCACCGUACGCGUGGAAGAAAAGAUAAAGCAUCAUUCGAUAUGGUGCUCGUCAUACUCGAUCUCUUCGGGAGGGAAAGAAGGUGUACGAUCUGCGAUUGGUAUGCCGGCAUAACCGUUAUGCCACCACGCUCACGUGGAUUUAUAGGGCAGUUCCGGAUACGCGAUGGAACUCGACGAGCGUCAUCUCGAACGGUUGAGCGCUCGUCGAAUCACCCGCUAAAAAUAAUUAAAUUAGACUCAGAUUGCCCCUCAGUCCCCAUAGAGAGGAAGACUGUGGACUGGAAGAAGUUCGCAGAGCUCCUAAAGUCGCAAGAUUCUCCUCUUAUGAACUCCAUAUCUAACAUAAUCGACUCUACUGAGCUAGCAAGAGCGGUGGCUAACUCAUUUGCAGAUUACAUAAACGAUACAACAGACUGUGCUCGAGAAACAGUGCCUCCGGAUGACGGACGAGACAGAAACCGUAGCACUCUCAACGAUCUCAAGAGGCAGGUAAGAGCUCGGUUCGACGAGCUCAAAGGUCACGUUGGAAAGACUUCUCGAGGGCCAUCUCGGGGUCAGCUUGAGCCAUCGUCUCAGGCAUACUUCAGUAUGCCUGAGACGAUGAUCUCUCUCGGGAUCAAUGGCUCAAGCUGUCGAGCCUUUCGAAAGGACACUGUUGCCACCAUGCCCUCGCUACUUAGGUCAGACAGCACAAUAGCGUCCGAUGAGUCUGAAAAAGCUGAGUGCCUCCCAGAUAGUUUGGAAUUGCAAUUCGCCCAGCAACCAACCGUGUUACUCGGGUCACGUCUC